AUGGCUUCAAGUUCUUCUCUCGUGAGGCUGGGCCAGUCCAUCGCUGGCUCAGCAAGUUCGUCUUCUCCUUUCCUGAAACUGGGCCAGUUUCUCACUGGCGCAGUCAGUACGUAUACUGUCACCAAGCAACUCGGCGAAUUCAUUUGGCUGGGAAGUAACAAAGUUGGGCAGACUGUCGUGAUCAAAUCCGCGCGCCAUUUCCGAAUCGCCAACGAGAGGGAUGUCCUGAGGAAAUUUCAGUCCAGAACUCCGCAUCUGCGCCCCUUGAUAGAUGAGAUAGUCGAACCAGCAGACCUACCUGCCAUCGUAUUGAAACAUCUCGAGGAUGAUCUACUCACCGCUUUAAACGCUAAGCUUAGCAGAAGGGAGAUCAAAUAUGCAUCAAAGAGGGUUCUUGAGGCAUUGAAAGUACUGCAUGAAGAUGGUUAUGUGCACACAGAUAUCAAAAUGGACAAUGUCCUGGUGAAGUACGCGCCAUCUUCCCAGAAUGAAAGUGGACAGCGCUUUACCGACGUCCAACUCGCAGACCUCGAGAGCACAGUCCACAUAACCUCCCGCUUUUGCAAGGACCGCGAUGAAAUUGGUACGCCCAUCUGGCGGAGCCCAGAGGCGCAGUUGGGACUGCAAUGGGGUCCACCAACUGACAUCUGGUCAUUUGGGACAAUGGUAGUUAUUGCAUACAACGGCUCAUUUCUCCUAACGAAUCCUAAUACCUUGGGAGUACUGUCACUUAUCAUGAAAGAUGUGCCGCCCGAGAAGUUGAGACCUUUCUCACUGGCUAGCCAGCGAGAGAUUUCGGAAGACGACAAGGAGUUUGUCUUGAAGAUAAUGAAACUUGACCCAAGGGACAGGCCGACUGCAAAGGAGCUUCUCGAAGACGAGUGGUUCAAUCGAAUAUGA